CGUUGUCCGAAAGUUGCCGGAUGACGGUAGUCAGACUCGAAAACCUCACCAUGACGUCAUCACCUGGUACACCUGGCAAAUCGGUGUUAGGCGAAAUGUUGGACCUAGAUUGUAGGAAUAAUUGCUCCAGAAACGGAAGAUGUACAAACGGAAUUUGCGAAUGUUUUGACGACUUCGAGGGAAGUGACUGUUCUAUACGGCGAUCAUUACCUCCUAUUAUGUCAUCACGGACAAACCCAGGACUGUGUCAAAGUGACGUAUACGCUUGUACUACCUUCUAUGUCUCCGGCUCGAAUUUUGCAAGUGAAAAUGUGACUUGUAGAGCUGUCCAUCUCACGAUACACGAAUCAACAUACCAGCUGACGUCACAGAACGAGACAUUUCCAGCUGUACCAAUGUCCGGUGGUAUAGGCUGUUCAUGUUCUAUACCACAAUCUCGCCGGAUAAGGCGAUCUGCGCAUGACAAUGCUGCGAUUGCAGAGGGAUUUUUCCUCAGCGUUUCAAAUGACGGUGUUGUUUUCAGUGAUGACGUAUUAAUGCUCGUUUACAACUCAACAUGCUUUACCUGUAACACAACGUCCAUCUCGUGUAACGUAAAGAGCUCUUGUCAGUCUACAACAUCUACGUUACCUACAACGUCCCCCAGCAGCAGCUCCGUCAGUACCACACUGCCUACAACACAGGACGAUCAACAUCAUGGAUACAUCAACACUGGAUUAGUGGUUGGCGCUGUUGUAGGAGUAUUGGGAUGUGCCGUCGUGAUACUGGUGCUGACUAAACUCAUCUCCGUACACGUGAACUCUAGGAAAAAGGCCGAAACAGUCGACUUGGACGAGGAAUACCAGUACAGACGAAACAAUUACUGGGAACAAGGCAGAGGAUAUCCGAGUCUUGGACGAUCAACUCUAUCCAGCCGCAUACAUACGCGAUUUUAUUGAGGAUC